CAAGGAACCGAUUUUGUAAACAACGUACAAAUGUGAAAUCAUUUUCCAUUCAACGAGUAACCAAUUGUGCAUUUUCGUGUGGCAUUUCUGCAAGUACCACUGGCCGGAACAUGUUAUCGUCCCGAGUAUUUGUCACUUUUACGGGUUACGCGUUAAAGCAACCGGCUUUCGGACCCACUAGGAUCGUUGCGGUACGAUGCAUAGCCGAUCGUGCCAAGACGAUCGAACCGGCAACGCAGGAGAAAAAAACCUACCAAUAUUACACCAUCGAACCGGCGGAACAGGUUAACAAAUCGGGUAGCCAGAAUCGGAACACAGAUGUAGCACUACGUCGAAUUAGUUUGGUUGAUUUGGCCAAAAGUAAGUUAUACGAGGCCCAAUCAUUUUACGAUGAAUUUAGUGGGAUGAAUGAAGUGAAAAUCGCCCAGAACAAGGUGAUCGAGAUACAGGAUCAGCUGCAGCUGGUGCAAGAACGUCGUCGCCAUAUACUGCUGGAAUUGACGCUGGUCCGCAAACAGCUCCAGGACAUUCAUGUCGAUCUUCAGAAAGCUACCCGUGGAGAACACCGUUACGUGGAACUGAUCAAGCAAGAGUUUGAUGUGAUCGCACGAGAAAAGGAGAAAAAUCAAAUCUUCCAGAUUAUCGAUCAAGAAGAACGGGAACUGUUUUCCCAUCUAACGGCCGCGGUGAAGACAUCGCACGAGAAGGAACGGACGCAAGCGAACAAUGUGAAGUACUGGUCCAUCAUUGCCUCAGGCGUCGGUGCUUUGCUGGGUAUUGUGGCUACGUCCAUAAACUACUAUUUCCGCAACACGCAGUUCGAAACGAUACGCAAAGCAGCGGAAGACAGCAACCGGAAGCUGGUCAUUAUGGAGCAAAAGCUGGAUGGGCUAGAGAAGUCUCUCGGUCGGAUGAAUGUCGAAUGGAACCGGUACUUGGGUGAAAAAAGGAUCGCAGAACAGCGCAGGGUAGCGCGAAGCCCCGUAGAGUCUUGGGGUGGUUACAUUCGUCGACAUUUGGGACGGUUCGUUCGAGUUUUCAUACCGAAAGGAUAGUGGUGCUUCGCGGUGUGUCGGGGUUAACAGGGCUAUUUUGUUAUCUGAGGGCCGUUCUGCAUCGAUUAAACUAAACGAUGAAAUGAUGCUAAAGAAUAAACAAUAUUGCAACCUAAUACAGGUGUAUCGGAUAAGAAUCAAAGAGUAGGACAUAGUUUUGUUUUUGUUAGAUAAAUAAUCAACGAUGCAAGUGAGGCAUAGUUUUACAGGGUGAUAGAAAAUUAGUUAAUAAAUCAAAUUAAUUGUAUCAUUAUCGAUCUACGGGGUUAAGUUUCCUUGCGUGGAAUAAAAUGAAUCCCAUUGUUGCUUGUUCUCUUAUC